AUGGCGGAAGACGGAAAUAUCACGGUGGUGGGCGCGCGUACAAAUAGCGCACAGCCUCACCUGGGUGAAACAAGAGGCGCGUUCUCGGUGCGAGUAGAUGAGAGCGACACGGUGGACGACUUGAAGGACGCGAUCAAGGCGAAGAACUCAGCGACUAUCACGGGCGACGCCAAGGACCUGCAGCUCUUCCUGGCGAAGACGGCGGACGGCGCGUGGCUCUCAUCGAAGGACCCUGAUGUGAUUUCUAUGCGAAGUGGAGGCAUUCCUGAACAAGUGAAGACACUGCUGAACGUGGAAAUGGACCCAGCAGAUGAGAUUGCCGAUGUCUUCGUACCAGCUCCGCAGAAGAAGCAGAUCCACGUGCUGGUGGUGGUUCCGGGUCAUGAAGACAGUAAGUACCGCUUCUACCAAGGCAAGAACAUGGAGUCGCACCUCUACGAGGGAAUUCAGCCUGCUGAGUUCUACGACAAGCUCGAGAACGUGCUCGCAACCCAGAAGUCUGCCUUCAAGGUCAACAUCGCUCUUGGAUACAAGCUUGUCAGCAGAACUGAUGACAGCGAUACUCGCUACUUCCACCCGAAAAUUAGCAACACGUCUGUAUUUAGCACUCCUGUAGCUAUCAACAACAAGGCUGAUAUUCGCAAGAAGGUGAUCUCGGAGAUUCGCUCCAUGGAGUUGGCUGACAAGCUCAACUACCCCAGCUCCGGGUACAUGGUGAAGUGGAUUACUGGCUUCAAAAUCUAUAUCUACCAACGCGACCAUGCUCUGGGUGAUAGCGAGGCGGUCAUUCCUAAGGUGAUUCGUGAUAACAAGCACGUCAUCAGCUUCCCCAAGACGAACAACAAGUGUGUCUUCCACUGCAUUGCUUAUCACAAGCAGGAGGGAGCCAAAAAGGGUCCUCGCAGAAUCCAGGCUCUGGUGAAACAAGCCUUCAAGCAGUACUGUUCGUACAAGGAGAUCACCUACACUCUGGGUCUGUUCCGCAAUUUCAAGCCUAUCGACAUUCUCCAAUUCGAUGAGCUUGAGGAGUGCUUCAAGCUGAACAUCAACGUCUUCAAUAUGGAUGUUGAGACGGGCAAGGUUGAAUGCAUUCGCUGCUCGGACAAGGACUAUGACUCGAUCAACAUCCUGUCGCACGAGAAUCACGCUCUCUACAUCACGAACGUUGAUAUGCUCCAGCAGAAGUACCAAUGCUCUACGUGUGAGAUGGUGUUUGUUAGCCCUGAUAAGCUACGCAACCACACUAAGAACCAAUGCGAACUCGUGAACAUCGAAUCCUUCCCAGCUCAGCCAACCAUCUACCAACCCGCUCCGAACAGCAUUCGUUCCAUGCUGACUAAGUACUCCAUCAAGGAUGCUGACCAUUACAUCGAUCACUUCAUUGUCUAUGAUUUUGAGGCUAUCCGCAACCCUACGGGUGUCAAAACCGGAGAGAAUACUAUCUUCACAAACGAACACAUUCCUGUGUCUGUUUCCGUGGCCGACAGCUUGACUGAGGAGGUGCGAUGCUUUGUCAGCGAUGACCCGACGGAGUUGCUCAAGGAUAUGUUCCAGUACAUCAAGGAAGUUGCGGCUAAGAUUCAGCAGUACAACGUUUCGAAGUACGAGUCUUUGCUCCGCAAAAUCAUCAACGUCCAUGGUUUGACUGACGCUGAGGUUCCUGGUCUAGACUUGGGUAAGACGUACAAGAUGGAUGAUGUCAAUGCUUGGAUUCAGAACGGGGAGUUUGCUUGUUUCUUCGAUUUCCACAGCAAGCUCACAUUCGGUAAGAAGCGCUCGGAUUAUGGCAAGCUGAAGCAGUGCAUUGGUCAGGUACCAGUAUUCGGAUUCAACUCUGGACGCUACGACAUCAACCUUAUCAAGGCGGACCUGUUUGCAGUCAUCGGAAAAGGCAUCUUCCCGUACGAGUACAUUACUUCAUUUGACGUACUCAGUCAGCCGGAAGUCCCUCCUAAGUCGGCGUUCGACAGUGCUCUUCGUAGCACUAGCAUCAGCGAUAAGGACUAUGUGCCGGUACAGUUCGUCUGGGAACACUAUGGCAUGAAGUCAAUCAAGGAUCUACUCAUUUGGUACAACAACCUCGAUGUAGUACCCUUCAUCAAGGCCAUCAAAGCCCAGCGAGAACUAUUCAAAGGUUUCGAACUUGAUAUGUUCACUGAUGUUGUGUCGCUACCUGGUCUCUCUGAGAAAGUCAUGUAUCAGACGUGCUUCAACAACCUCCAGCGACCAAGUAAGGAGUCUGCUGAAGCGUUUGACUUUCCCGCUAGUCGCUUAAGUGGAUAUAAGACCCAGGAUGCUGAUGCCGAUCGUGAAUUCAAUAUGACGCUAGAACACCUCAAGGACUUGCUAAAGCGACAAAAGUACCUGUGUGGGCUAUGCUACAAGCAACUCACAGCUGAUACUGCCUCGGCUGACCGAAUCAAUAACAAGCUCGGACACAUCGAUGGUAAUAUCUUGAUCAGCUGUGUGGGAUGCAACGUUGCUCGCAAGAACAUGUCGCUAAAGGGCUUCCGCCACAAGAAGCUACUUGAAUUCAACUCAGACAGGUUGGUGUACAAUAUCGAUAGAGAGAAGGACAUCUACACCAAGAUGAAGGCGAACAUUGCUGGUGGUCCUUCUAUCAUCUUCAACAGAUACGCGAAACGCAACGAGACCAAGAUUCGAGGGGGUAGGAUCUGCAAAAAGAUCAUCGGCUACGAUGGUAGUGCUCUGUAUUUGUGGGCUCUUGGUAAUGAGAUGCCAUGUGAACGGCUGACUACCAUCGAAGCAUACACAGGGAUCGUCGAUGAUAUUGUAAAUGACAAGAUCUUUGGCUUCCUCGAGUGUGAUAUCCGUACACCAGAGCACCUCAAACCCUACUUCAGUGAAAUGACCCCAAUUUUCAAGAACACCCUUAUCGACUGCAGCGAUCGGAGUGUCAUCGGUCAGCACAUGUUCGAGUACAACGAGGAGCGCAAGCAAAGCCGGCUCGCAAACUCAUCGGGAGCUACUUUGAUCGCCAAGACUUACAGCUUCAUCAAGGCUAGCUCUCACAAGGCAUUUGCACCAUUCAUGGAAGUCGUAUCGAGCGCGCGACGAGAGGAGAUGAUGAAACUGGAUGGUAAUAGUGCGUUUGGACGAUCUGGCAUGGACAUGAGCAAGCACAAGGAGGUCAGGUAUGAGUCGGACGAUAAGGCAAUCAAGGCCAAGAUUGAGCACUUCACCUUCCAUGGAAUGGAAGAGCUGAAUGAUUCAUGUGAAUUCACUAUGAAGAAGCGAAAGCUCAACAAUAAGAACCCAAUUCAUCUAUCGAUUGCAAUCUAUCAGCUCGCUAAGCUCCGUAUGUUGCAAUUCUACUAUGAUUGCAUUGACUUCUACUUCGACCGUUCGGAAUUCCAGUACCAAGAAAUGGACACAGACUCGGCUUAUAUUGCGUUCAGCUGUGAGAAGCCAUUCGUUGAGUGUAUCAAGCCCGAUCUUCGUGAGCAUUUUCAGCAGCAUAAGUACGAGUGGUUCCCACGUGAUUAUAGCGAAGAGAUGGCUCAGUUUGAUCGCCGAACGCCAGGUUUGUUCAAGGAUGAGUGGUCUGGUGAUGCUAUGGUAUCAUUGUCCUCUAAGAACUACAUUUGCUACCUACCAGACGAAUCUUACAAGGUCAAGGUUUCAGCGAAGGGAGUCCAGCAGAGUGAUGGCCGGAAUCGCGACGUCCUCAACCCAGAUGGCUUUGAAUCAGUUGUUCGCGAUCGCAUCACGCUACAGGGCACCAACAAGGGGUUUAGACUCAGUAAGGAGAGCAGCUAUGGUGACAAUAGCGACCUCAAAGUCGCUGAGUUGAAAGCUAUCAUGAAGAACCUCAUCAUUCAUGAUCGUCCCCAGAAGACCCAAGCCGCUGUGUGGGCUACUGACCUCGACAAGUCGACCAAGAAGGUGGAGGCAUCUACCCAAACGGAAGGCGGCCGAGUCUGGGCUUACCAGCCAAACAAAGUCAAAGUCUGUGAAGACAUUUGCUCUAUAUAG